AUGAAUAUGGUAAUGCACAAAGUCUGUUUUCUAUCUCUACAUUUACUCUCACUACUACUCUGCCUCCAUCCUCUCACCACCGUAGCCGACAACAAUUCCACCGGCAUUGACCCGUGGUGCGACAAAACUCCAUACCCUUAUCCAUGCAAACGCUACUUCACAAAACACUUUGGUUUUCGACAGCCAACACAAAUAUCCGAGUUCCGAGUACUCCUCGUGGAAGCAGCCAUGGAUCGUGCCAUAUCCGCUCGGGACAAAUUGGCUAACUCCAGCAAGAACUGCACCAUCGAUUGCAAGAAACAAGCCGUCUUGGCAGAUUGCCUUGACCUCUAUGGAGACACUGUCAUGCAGCUUAACCGCACGUUACAAGGCGUGUCUUCAAAACCGGGUCUCGGGAAACGUUGCACUGACUUCGACGCUCAGACGUGGCUAAGCACCGCGCUUACAAACACCGAGACUUGCCUACGAGGCUCCUCCGAUCUCAACGUCACAGAUUUCAUCACACCCAUUGUUUCAAACACAAAAAUAUCCCACCUCAUCAGCAACUGCUUAGCCAUCAACGGAGCCCUCUUGACCGCCGGAAAAAACGAGAGCAUCACCGGUGAUUCGAAGGGUUCUCCGACGUGGUUUUCCGGUAAAGAGAGGAGACUUCUCCAAUCGCAUUCGGUGCGGGCCAACGUCGUAGUGGCCAAAGACGGAUCGGGACAUUUCAAGACGGUGCAAGCGGCUAUUGACUUGGCUGGACGGAGAAAGGUGAUGUCAGGGAGGUAUGUUAUAUACGUGAAGAGAGGGAUAUAUCAAGAAAACAUAAACGUACGUCUUAACAACGAUAACGUAAUGUUGGUCGGAGAUGGAAUGAGAUACACCAUUAUCACCAGUGGUCGAAGUGUUAAAGGAGGUUAUACAACUUAUAGUUCCGCCACUGCCGGUAUCGAGGGACUUCACUUCAUAGCCAAAGGCAUAGCGUUCCGAAACACGGCUGGUCCGGCAAAGGGGCAGGCCGUGGCACUCCGGUCAUCUUCGGACCUUUCAAUCUUCUAUAGAUGCUCAAUAGAAGGUUACCAAGACACAUUGAUGGUCCAUUCGCAACGCCAGUUUUACCGCGAGUGCUACAUCUAUGGAACAGUCGAUUUCAUCUUUGGAAACGCAGCCGUCGUUCUUCAAAACUGUAUUAUCCUCCCUCGCCGACCGCUUAAAGGUCAAUCCAAUGUAACAACUGCGCAAGGUCGUUCUGAUCUAUUUCAGAACACGGGGAUCUCUAUCCAUAAAUCAAUAAUCCUACCGGCUUCUGAUCUAAUACCGGUGGUCCGUAGUGUUAAGACAUAUAUGGGCCGACCUUGGAUGAAGUACUCGCGUACUGUUGUUCUUAAGACGUAUAUAGAUAGUGUUGUGAGUCCUGUAGGGUGGUCUACAUGGACUAAAGGUUCGACAUACGGUCUUGACACGCUGUUCUAUGCGGAAUAUAAGAAUAUCGGACCGGCUUCAUCCACGAGGUGGCGUGUCCGUUGGAAAGGGUUUCAUGUGUUGAGCAAAGCUUCCGAUGCAUCUGCUUUCACUGUCGGAAAAUUCAUCGCCGGUAAUUCAUGGCUCCCAAGCACCAGCAUACCCUUCACUUCCGAACUCUAAAAGGACUUGGUUAUAAUUUCAUGCUUUAAUUACAAUGAUGUAAAAUUUAGUAAUUCUAAAUAUAGUUUAUAUUGCGAAAAUGAACCUUUGGC